AUGCCGACAGUACAGCCUCAAGAAUUUCGUCUCUUCCCGCAGCUCCCUUUAGAGCUUCGCCGAGCCAUCUGGGAUGAGUGUCUACCUCGCGUCCGCGUUGUCGAGAUAAACAAACCUCACAGAGCAGGGUAUAUUCACAGUAGAUAUAUGCCGACAAAUGAUGGAAACGAGGAGUGCAGUCAUCAGAUGACGUACAGGCUCAACUCCAUCCCUCCGGUCAUUGCGGCCGUCUGUCGUGAAUCCAGACAGGCUGCGGGGUUUUCAGUACCGCGAGAUGAUGAGUGGCGGACGAAGAAUGAUGCAAUUACCAACGAAAAACCAGCAGUCUUGUGGUUUGAUCGUGCUCCGAGCAGGAAUAUCAUAUUCCUUGACUGGGAUCCAAGUUGUGGUCAUUACUGGUCAGCUCGUUCUCCCUUGGGUCCAUUCAGAUACCUGUCUCCCGUUGCGGCUCACGCCCAAACGGUGUGCGUCACGGGAGAGGUUCUGCAUACACUCUUCCCACCCUUAAGUGAUCGGGAGAAUUUCCGCACUCUUUGGGGUAUCAAGUCUUUCUUGGUAUGUCAGAAAAUAGUCGCCAUCCACGCGAAGAUCGAUGCUGCAACACAAUCUGGACUCUGGGGGUUCAAUGGUGAGGAGCGCAUCGUCUUGGUUCAUGUGGAAAACCUAGAAAGAAUAGAAGAGUAUGCCUGUUUCAACAAGACCUUUGGCUCCGAAGAAGAUGGCGAAACCAAAGGCUUCUUUCAAGGGCUUGUUGGGGACUCGACGCAGUGGUCAAUGCAGCAAGAAUUGCUUAAUACCUGGAAAGCGCGGUUUCUGCUUGGACGAUGGCAUGAUCAACAAGCCGAACUCGGCUUGCAAAAGGCAGAAGACUGGAGUGUGACGCCAGCUCCUGGGUUGUUCGGUGUUCUUGAUAGCGGAUUGGAGAACUGGAAGCUGAAAGAAGACAGUUCAUGGGCAAAGGCGACGCUCCCAGCGGUACCACAAGUUCAGUGGGUGUACAUGUUUCGCCUGUGCGUAGAUGAUUGCCACGUCAAGACGAAGUAG